AUUGUGGCUGUGCUGCAAAAUAGAAACUGGUCGUAGUCCAGACUAUAACAUUUUCUGCCAAUAUUGGAGUGACCCGAAACAUCCCCUCUGGGUGAUAUCGCACAAUGAAUGUAUCAUCGGAACAGCAGGACUCGCCGAACAUGGUUUAAAUGAAAAGGGAGAAGUAACACAUAUGGCAAUCAAAAGACGUUAUAAACGCAAUGGGCUAGCCCAAAUACUAUUAUACAAACUCAUAGAAUACUGCGAGAAGUAUGAGUAUGAGGAGAUCAUUUUGUUUACAAGCGUCUUACAACUACCAGCAGAAAGACUGUAUGAAAAGAUAGGAUUUAAAAAAUGGAAAAUGUCAAAACAUAUUUUCAUAAGAUCAUGUAUUGAAGUACAAACAAGUCAUUUUUCUCUAAAAUUGCCAAGAACUAAUACGUAAAAUAUACUGGAAGAUCAUACGUCACCACCACAAGCACGCAGAUGCAUCUAGUAUCGCUACC